UUCGUGAAAACUAUCCAGUAAAAAUAUUCGGUGUACAGUGACUUAUGAAACUAGUCCGAAUUCGUUUAUAAACCAGACUAUUCCUUAGUUCCUGAGUAGUUUUUCUAUAGAGAAGGGAAGAGAAACAGAGAGCUUUGAAUAAUGACGUAAAAAAUGAGAAGGAAGAAAUAAAGAAUGAUCAGCGAUGGGAGGAACGUGCGAACCACGAACCGUCUCAGUAUUGUCGACAAGAGAGGCUCUUCUUAGGCGAUAAUUUUUUGAGAUUUAAAAGGAAUGGUGGCCACAAUAGCGGAUGAUAACUUUACCAUAGACAUAUAGAAAACAAUAAACCGGCGUUGAUAUAAAUUAUAUAUAUAUUUAUAUCAUAUGAGGAAAACGGGAUCCAAGGCAUGAGGUCUCCUUCGAGCCACAGACGUUGGAGGUUUCCUGAAGCCAAUGAUAUUUUGUUAUAAAUUUAUUGUGAUCUGUGCAGUAUUGCGUUAGCUAACGAAUUGACACAUUGUUGACUUUGAUGGAAAUGUAAGAGCAUUAGCACAUUUUUACCCGACGUUUAAUUCGUGAGUGUACUGAUGACGUUUCCAUUCGUGUCAUAUAACGCUUUCGGGGUUGAAAUGUAGAUCAUUAUGGAAUGUGCCAGUGCGUAGGUGUUUUACUUGAAAAAAAAAUAUAUCCAUAUAUAUGUUUUUUUGCAGUGGAUUUGAAUUAUCAAGUACUCAAUGGAUACACAUAAAUUGCUACGAUUAUCCAAAAUACCUUUGGGUUAUUUUUGAAUUUUAAAUAUUUUAAGAUUGAUAGAUUUACUGAGCAUCGAAAGUGCAAUUUAAAAUGAACAGCUAUAAUUUUAAAAAAUUUAAUAUUUUUAUAUAUUUUAAGUAUACGAUAUAUUAAUAUAUAUAAGAAAAUAUAUUUACUGACGAAUUACUGGCAAAAAUGAUGUACUGGUUCAUGUAACAAAAACAGUUAAACAAAAAGUUAAAUCUACAGGAUGGAUCCCGGUGGGAUAUCACUAUGCGGGAGAAGUCAUCAAAAUGUCGCACUCACUUAAAUUAUGUGAGGAGCACAACAGAAAUGUGCUCACGUGAUCCUCCUGUUCUGCACCCUGCCCUUUCUAAGGCCAAUGGUAAAAGUUCUAGUCUCCAAUCAAGUUCCCAUGGUGAAUCUCGAAGCGAAGGUAAUUUGCUUCCAACUCCUGGCGGUAGGCUUAAGUUCUUCAAAGAUGGAAAGUUUAUUUUGGAGCUAUCACACCGACGAGAUGGAGAGAGAACUACGUGGUUUCCUGUUCCUAAGAAGACCUUCUGGCCUCCAGCUAGCACUCCGCCCAACAAACAAGAAAUCACGUCUCUCAGCGAUGAUAAUUCAUCGAUACAAUCGAGUCCAUGGCAGAGAGACCAUUGUUGGAAGCAAGCUCGUCCUCGACGCUGUACCACUUUGGAGUUUAAUUUUUACUACAGACGAGAUCCUCGUACUCAAAUAUCUGCUCCAGUUAAUUUGCUUGUUCGCAAAUAUCGACGCCCCCUUGAUCCAACGCCGUUGCAGUUAAUCGCAGAACCGAAUGCAACUCAUAAGAAGACCACUCAUAAAAUAAGGAAUAAUGCUGCGACUGGCAAAACCUUAAGUCUCAUUAUCGAUAAAUUGUCUCGUUUGGAUCCGAAUGUCGUUUCGCCACGAAAACGAAUACUGCGAGAGCUAGAAAGAGUGACUUUGGAAGAUCAGGCUUCUAAAAGGCGCGCGACACCUCAGCCAAUAACUUUAUCGACUACGAUAAUUCCUACGACGACGAGCACAACUAUACCUUCGCCAAAACACCUCUCGUCGUACAGCAUAACGAGUAUUUUAGGAGAGAACAAGCCAAAUCCUGAAUCGGGUUUUUUACGAAAUUUACUAAAAUUAGACGAUGGACACGCUUUUAAUUACUUGACCAGUAAUUUUCAUCCACGAACAAGAGUUGAUCCUUUUAUUGGAUCUGCAAACACAUCGGUUCAUCACCCAUUUUAUGGAGUCCCAGUGCUUCCCCCUGGUACAUACAGAGCACCAGGACUGUGGAUGCAUUAUCCCCCACCCGUACACUAUUCACCUCGAAUUCAUCCAACUUAUUUACCACCACCAAUUCACCCAUCAUCUCCUCCCGUUCAUCAUUAUAAAGAAUAUAGAGAACAAACUCUCACACCUCCGUCAGGUAGAUAUGCCCUUAAAUUUAUCAAAGCAUGCAGGUUAAAUCUCAGGAUCCCAUAAAAUCGGUGCCUUAGUGACGAGCAAACUUAGAUGUGUAUUCACUGCCGGAAGAACAAUAAUACGACUGUAAUAUUUUUAAUUGUCAUAUAUAUAUUCAUAUAUAUAUAAUUAUUUUUUACUUUUCUUCUACUAGUAGUUUAAAGAAGUUUGACUUUUAACCCUUCCAAUAACCACACUAAUUUUCAUUAUAGAGCGCACAGAAUCUUGAUGGAAAGAGAAAGAGAUUUUAAAAAAUAAUGUAAAUAUUAAUUUCAUUUCAUAUUCUGUUUAAAUUAAUAGAAAUAAAAUAAUAUUGUAGAAUAUUAUUUUUAAAACAUUAACUCAUAACUACAGAAAAUUUUAAUAUUUUAAAAGUUACGUUUAAAAUAUAAGUUAGGAAAAUUGAUUUUAGUUAUUUAUUAUAAUCAAAUCUUUCACUUUAUUCAGAAGACAUUUUCUAAAAUUUACCAUAAAUCUAACCAUUUACUAAUUAGAUUAUUAGAAUAAAGUAUGAGAGUUGAAUGAUUUGAUAUUUGUAAUUAUUUUAGACUCGUAAUGAAAUUCUAUAAACAUUCUGCGAAUUUCAAAAAAUUAAAUAAUUAAACUUAUAUACUAAAUUGGAAAGUUUGAUAAAAAAUAUUGUUUCUUUGCACAAAAAGUAUUUGAAGAAAAUUUCUUCUUUUUUUUUAGAGCGAUUUACAUAAAAAUUACGUUUUUCUCAAGCUUCAGUUCAGUCUAUAAGAGGUAGAGGAUUGCCGUAAAAUUUUCCAGUCAAUAGGGUAUUUAAAAUUAAUAAGGUUUUUAAGGCUUAAUAAAAUGAAUUAAAACCCCAUUUUAAAUACGUCAUAUGCAUAAAAGCGCGUAAGGUAGCCAUACGAUGGACGCGCAUGCGCAGUAACCUUAAUUUACCGUAGGUAACAUUAAAAAGCUGUAUACUGUACAAAAUGAUUCUAUUUGAUUAAAAUGAAAUUCUUGUUAAAUUAAAAUUAUUCAAACAAUUGAAGAUGAGCCUUUUGAAAGUAACUAAAAUAAUUUUUAAUAAAAAAUUCAGCAUAUGUAUGAAUUUAAAAAAAAACUACUCGACUUUUUUCAAUUUUAAGAAACAAAUCAAGGCUUAAAUAUUCUGCCCUUAUAAAAAAAACUCCGAUUGAAUUCAAUUGGAUUCUAGCCGGAUUUAAUAAGAAAUUUUCGAUUGUCUUUCAAUUAUUCGGAAAGUUCCGAAUCAAUUCUAAUGAACCUGAUUAAAAAAUUUCACUUGGUUUUAAUCGUAAUUUUCAAUCAAUCAUUCUGAAAAUUUUACGGACAGUUUUCUACCACCUAUAGAUUACAUGGAGAAUUUUUUGAAAUGCUAUGUCCUGCUUAAAAAAUCUGAUAGAUUUUUAUAGCUGUAUGUAUAAGGCUCUAUACUUAACUAUAGCACUUAUAGAACUCAUUCAUUCUUAUAAAAUCUAUAGGAAUGUAUGAGAAUCUAUUGGAUUCUAUAAGAUUUUCUAAACAGGAGGUGUCAUAGUAAAGCCGGAUUAUAUCACAAAUUACUGUAACCAUUGUAAAUUUUACUGUGGUCAUAGAUUAUUUAAACUUCCGUCAGGUGGCCAACAUGGUCCGGCUUUACUAUGACACCAUAUCACUCCAAACAACAAUAAUUUCUCCGUAUAUGUACAGUACAUAAAUGCAAGAGAAACAAACUGAAUUCGCAAUUUCAAAUGAUAAACGAUUUUUGAUUAAUUUUGGUGUCAAAAAAAUUAAAACCCAAAAGAAUAAAUGGAAAUAAAAUUUAGUAUAUAUGCGUGAGUGUGUGCGUGCGUAAUAAAAGAUUUUCUAUCUACGCUAAAGUAAAGGAGCCUGAAAACAUGUUUGUAAAUAUAAUGUAUAAACUGACCUUAUCAAGAUUUAGGCUCUUAAAGAUUUGUAAAGUAUUAAAAUUGCAGAAGAAAUGUUGUUUGCAAAAGAAAGUUAAGGAACUAUUGGAGGCUAAGUGCAAUGAGUGAUGUAAAAUCUAAUGUAAAACUCUUACUUUAUAUUAUAAUAGACUCAAUUUUUUAGUUACUCGAUUUAAUUUAUCUAAUCGCUAAAUGUUUGCUCGAUAUAAGCUUGCAUCGGCACGGACUAUUACGUCAAAAUUGAAUAAAAAGUCAUAUUUAUUUACAGUGUGAGUUUUACAGUAUAUAAAUGAUAUUCACUUCGCCUGCAAAUAUGCGUCCUCAUAACUACUAUUGUAGUUGAUAAAUUUUAGACGUAUUAUACUUUUUUUAUCUCUUUAUAUCAUUUUAAACCAACUCUUGUUGUUACUUUAAUAAAUAUUAAUAUGAUUUCUAUCAUGAUGAACAAACAAUAUUAUAUAACAGUUAUUCAUUGUGAAGGAACUAUGGAAGUUGAAGGUCUAUGUACAGAUAAGAUGAUACACUGUAUAACAUGAUUAUAUUUAUAGAACUUGGGUCAUUAUUAUAAUUAUUAUUUUAUUAUAACUAUUGAAAAUUGUAGACUAUCAGUGUCGUUUUAUACCCUCUCUAGCGGACCUGAAUAACGGUAAAUUACUAUUUUUACCGUAAAUUGCCGCACUACUGGCAAAUUUACCGAGAGUUUACGGUAAUUUACGGAAACCUACACCAAUGUACGGCAAAUUGUAGUAAUUUACUAUAAAUUGUGACAAUUUCUCGUAAAUUACGGUAUUUGGAGUAAAUUACCAUAUUUAAAAUGGCAAAUUUGUCGCAAUUUACGGUAAAAACACGUCAAUGUAGGCAAAUUUUGGCAACUUAUCGUAAAUUGCCGCAUUGGUGUUAUUGCGCUUUACGGUAAUUUUGGGCUAUUUACACCAAAUUACGGCACAUUGUGGUAAUUUCUCGUAAAUUACGGUGUUGAUAGUAAAUUAUCCUAUUUAAUAUGGCAAAUUUGUCCAAAUUUACGGUAACGUAUGCCAAGGUAUGGCAAAUUUCGGCAAUUUACCGUAAAUUGCGUCAAUUUAUCGUAAAUUAUGGAAUUUCUCGUAAAUUGCCGCAUUUAUGUGAUUGCAGUUUACGGUAAAGUUGGGCAAUUUACAUCAAUGUACGGCAAAUUUCGGUAAUUUACUGUAAGCUGUCGUAAUUUACGAUGAAUUUCGGCAAUCAAUCAUAAAUCGUGUCAUUGAUCGUAAAGUACCGAUUCCAUAUGGCAAUUUUGCUGCAUUUACGGUAAUUUACGGCAAAUUGUGGUAAUUUACUAAGCUCAACUGUAAUUUUCGGACUUUUUACCGUUAAUUCUACAGUUAUAAAUUAAAACACCACGUUUGGUCAUAAAUUGCCGCAAGACUGCUGUUAUCUUCCGGUAAAUUACCACAGUUCUGCCGUAAAAUACCGAAAUUGACCGUAAGUCUUCCGACUACCGUAAAUUACGGUAAUUAUCGUAAUUUGCUGUAAUUCAAAUUCGCCAGGGCUAUUAAAACAGUAAUUAACUUAGCUAAUGAAAAUCCAGAGUCCAAAUGCAUCGCAAAUUAAUGUAAUUGAUUGACAUAAGGAGUACGAAGCGUGCCUUAAAACUUUUUAGAACAUACAUUUCAAAAGAUAAAUAUACUUAUAAAAGUAUUAUAGAAAAUUUGAGCAACGGACAUUGCUACUAUAUUCAUAUGCCUGCAUAUUGUUGUUAAAUUAAUCAAUCAUCAUAUAUUUUAUGUCGUAUAUAUCUUGUAAAUCUGACGUAAAUUUAUUUAUUUGGUUAUCAAAUAGGGCAGCGGUGUCGUUUUUGGCCAGUUUUGGACACUUUGAAAAUUUGAAUUAAAUAAUUUGUAAAACAUGCAAUGACAUUUAUUCUCUAAAGGUGUUCCAAGAUACUUUUAUCAUACUAUUGCAAUGAUAGUUUUUUUUUAUACUAAUUCAUUAAGCAAAACAGACUAUCAAGUGUCCAAAAAUGGAGCAGUGGCCACAAAUGGUACUUCUACUCUAAUAGAUCAGAAAAAUUAAGUGGGUAAACUCAAGCUCUACAAAUUGAAUAUAGAACUCUUAGUAACGUAACAAAUUUUAAUAUUUGUAAUGAAAAAAAUGUAUAAUUAGCAAACAAAUAAUUGUAUAGAACUACUAAUUUCAUAAAUAAAAAUAUUUGAUAAUA